AAUGGAUCAAACCAAAACUUUGAGAUGAAAGGCAUGCCUAUCCUUGUAAUCUUCAAAACGGGUAUGGUAUUGGCAUAAUCACAGUGUAAUCCAGAGUGUGGUCAAAGAUGAAAUCCUCAUGUGGGGCCAAGGAGCGGUGGGCUGUUUGUUCGUAGGAAUGGAAUAGAUAGGAUGGAGCAGACUCUAUAGUCUUCAGCAGGAGUUGCAGGUGCUUGAGCGCUGCCACGUUGCAGCUCUCUUUCGUCACUCCAGACUAGCAAGCACCUUCAACAGCCAGACGUCUCUUUUCUGUGAGUCCCGCAUUCCUUCCUUCCCUCAUAUAUCCAUCUGCCCAUCGCCCCACCGUUUUUUCGUGCCUAGGGUUUCUCGCCUCUCUGCAAAAUCUCAAAGACUAAUAGUUCAGUGAUGGCAUUCGCUUGAGGUUCUCUAGUUGAUUUAGAUGGUAUGCAUUAGUCCCUUGGGGUCAGUGAUUGUUGGAGCUCGACAUUUUGGGAAUCUUCAAUCUCCUCAUGCUGUAAGCUGUGCAUUGGGAAGGAGGAUUAACCAUUCUGUUCGAAUUUUGAUUUCAACUAGAAACAUAAGUCAUAGUAUUUGGGGUUGCAUAUUUAGAACUAGAAGAAAGAUGAUGGUGGAUACUGGUUCAACAGCCAAACAAGGGCCAGUUGUGGAUGUUAAUUCUGAGAAGGAUGAUGAUUCUAGUUAUGCUAGUGGAGGAUGGAAGAGUGAAGAUGGAAGGUUGAGUUGUGGUUAUUCUAGCUUCAGAGGAAGGAGAGCAAGCAUGGAGGACUUCUAUGAUAUUAAGAGUUCCAAUAUUGAUGGACAGACUAUUUGUUUAUUUGGGAUAUUUGACGGCCACGGGGGCUCAAGAGCAGCGGAGUAUUUAAAGAAAAAUCUCUUUGAGAAUCUGUUGAAGCAUCCCGAGUUUGUAACGAACACCAAAUCUGCUAUAAGCGAAACAUAUCAACAAACAGAUAAGGAAUUUUUGGAAUCUGAAAAAGAUACUCUCCGUGAUGAUGGUUCUACUGCAUCAACAGCAGUUCUGGUUGGAAAUCAUCUAUAUGUUGCCAAUGUUGGAGAUUCAAGGACCAUCAUCUCAGUAAAAGGAAAAGCAAUUGCUCUGUCUGAUGAUCAUAAACCAAACAGAAGUGAUGAGAGAAAGAGAAUAGAAAAUGCAGGUGGUAUUAUUAUGUGGGCAGGAACUUGGAGGGUUGGAGGAGUGUUAGCAAUGUCCCGUGCCUUCGGUAACCGCAUGUUGAAGCAGUUUGUUGUGGCCGAGCCUGAGAUUCAGGACCAAGCAAUCGAUGAAGGACUAGAGUUGCUUGUGCUGGCCAGCGAUGGGCUAUGGGACGUGGUGCCGAAUGAGGACGCCAUUUCACUGGCAGAGUCGGCAGAGUCGCCUGAAGCGGCUGCUAGGAAGCUGACGGAGACCGCUUUUGCCCGGGGCAGUGCUGACAACAUCACCUGCAUUGUGGUGAAGUUUUCUCAUCCCAUCAAUGCAGAGGAACCGGUUGAGGUUGCCGAGCAGGGCAAAGCUGAUGAUGGGGAGCCAGCUUCUGCGCCUGCAGAAAAAGAAAAUUUAUAAUUUAAUAAGUUAGGAAAUUUGAACUCAAACUCUAGUUUUCAUGGUAAAGAUCGAAUGGCGGGACAUAUUUGUUCAUUCAUUUCUUUUUGGGUCCAUUUCGUCUAUAAUUUGAUAUUUUUCUUGUUAUAUUUUUUUCUUCUUGUAAUUGAAAUGAAACUAUAUUUGUUAUUUUGCUUGUAAGAGUUUGUGUUUACCCGCCACCCUCUGAGUAGAGAUAAAUUUAUGAUGAGUUAAAUAUCACAGGCAUUUUUACUGGUCGGGGCG